UUGGCUGCUUUAGUGCUUGUCUGGGGAGGGUGGAGAAAGAUGGCGGCGACCUCUGCUGCAAAUGCAUCGGUUCGUGCAGCUACUGCCGUGAGACCGCUGCUGAGCCACGAUUUGGGGGAAGCGAAACGUCGAGUUCGGGAGCUGUAUCGGGCAUGGUACCGUGAGGUUCCCAAUACGGUCCAGGUUUACCAGCUGGAUAUCACCGUAAAGCAAGGAAGAGACAAAUUGCGCCAGAUGUUCCAGAACAAUGCCCACGUAACAGAUCCCAGAGUUAUUGAUAUACUUGUUAUCAAGGGAAAGAUGGAACUAGAAGAAACUAUUAAGGUUUGGAAGCAAAAGACUCACAUCAUGCGCUAUUUCCAUGAAACUGAAACUUCUCAACCCACUAAUUUCCUCUCCAAGUUUUAUGCUGGGCAAGACCCCUAAUUGCUUUAAUUGAAAUUUUGUUUAAUAAACUGCUACUUUUCCAGUUGAA